CAUUUGAAGCACAAUGAUACCUCCAAACUUUGCUUUGUAUUUCACAUGUCUGUUUUUGACGAAUAUGGCUCAUGUGACGACUUUAAAACAAUCAUCAUUACAUUAUCAAUCAUGUAAUGUUGGGGAAAGUAUAACUUUGUCAUGCAUCUGCGAUUAUGAGCAUAAUACAGUGAUGUUGUACUGGUAUAAGCAAACUCUUGGACAGAAACCAAACCUUAUUUCUACAUACAUCUAUAGGCAUGCUAAUGAUAAGGGCAUGUUUGAAGAGGAAUUUAACAACGAUUCACGUUUCUCACUGGAUACUGAAAACGGUAAAAAUCACUUGAAGAUAAAAGAUCUGCAAAUUUCAGACUCGGCUACGUACUACUGUGUAAGAAGCGAUUUAUAUGACUUAGAAUUUGCCGAGGGUACCACCGUCAGUGUAAAAGGUUCAGGUUUGAACAUCCCAGCUUUGGUCCAUCGGUCAUCUGACACCAUCCAGACAGGAGACUCUGUGACUCUGAACUGUACAGUACACACUGGCAGCUGUGAUGGAGAACACAGUGUUUACUGGUUCAAAAACUCUGAAGAAUCUCAUCCAGGACUCAUUUACACCCAUGGAGGCAGGAAUGAUCAGUGUGAGAGGAAACCCAACGAACAAACACACACCUGUGUCUACAACCUGCCAAUGAAGAGCCUGACUCUUUCUCAUGCUGGGACCUACUACUGUGCUGUUGCCUCAUGCGGACACAUACUGUUCGGAAACGGGAUCAAGCUGGACAUUGAAGAUGAGGUGAACUUUCCCGACUCUCUUGUGUAUUUCUUGAGUGGAGCUUUGGCACUCACCACCAUCCUGAUCGUUUUACUGACGAUCACAGUGUUCAAGAUGAUCAAGACAAAUAGCUGCGGUUCAGAAUCUCAAAGAGUUCCAGCUUCCAACACAACACAUGCAGAGAAUUACCAAGAUGCAGACAGCCUCCAUUAUGCUGCUUUAAGGGAUCACAGGGUCGACAGAUCACGAAGCCAGAGAGACACCAACAGUGAAUGUGUGUACGCCGCUGUAAGACUGUAA